AUGUCUGGUCAUCAACAACAGCAAUUCCAGAGCAUACCACUGGACAGCGUCGAAUCGGUGUUCUCUGUGAACAAACUAAAAACUAGGCACAAAAGCUACAUACAGACUCAUUUGAUAGUAAAUUUAAUAGUUCAGCUACUACUUGGAGUACCAUUAGAGAUGGUUCAUCGUGGUUGGAGAGUGUUGUUAAUUUAUUUAUCCGGAGUUUUAGCUGGUUCACUAGCUACGUCAGUAACUGAUCCUUCAGUUUAUUUGGCUGGGGCUUCUGGAGGUGUUUAUGCUUUGAUCACAGCACACAUAGCAACUAUAAUUAUUAAUUGGUCUGAAAUGGAAUGUGCUGUUUACCAACUUUUGGUGUUUGCUUUUCUAAUUACUUUUGAUUUUGGAUCAUCCGUUUACAAUCGCUAUUUUGUUGAUGUAGACAAUCAGAUUGGUUACACUGCACAUUUAGCUGGUGCUAUUGCUGGUCUACUUGUUGGAGUAUACACUUUACGAAAUCUUAAUGUCCGUCCAUGGGAAAAAAAAUUAUGUUGGUUGUGUUUUGUCAUUUAUGUGUUGUUGACUGGCUCAGGUAUUUUAUGGAAUAUUAUGUUUCCUGAACAUUUUUCUAAAGAAUACUAUUAAAAGUUMAAAUUACUUCUGUUGAAAAUUUUGGAUCAAUCCUAGCACACAAAUAUUUUUUUUUUUUUACUUUUUAUAUAAAUAAAAGCUAAAUGUUGAUUUAUCUUUAUCAAAUAUCAAUAUUUUAUUUAACAAAUCUAAUUUCACAAAAGUUAUGAGUCUUGUUACUUAAUAUAUUGAGUAUUUUUUUAGUUAAAUAUAUAAAUCAGUGUGAUAUAAAAAUUUGUUUUAUA